AUGGUUAUGAUUCUAACUUAUGAAAAAAGUGACCGAAAAAAUUUUGGCGAAAACUGUAUUAUUCAUUUCAUCUGCUGGAAGCUUACCAGUUUGCUCAAGUUGAAAAAAAGCGAGAAGUCGGGCGGCCUCUACAUCACGUUGACGGCGACGACGACAAGUGGCCGUCCCGACGGACCGGGCGUCCGUUCGGAGCAGAAGAAGAGCUCUGGAGUCGGAAAUACUUCCGUGUGACGCCUCGUUUGCCGCUCGUCAAGUGUUUCAAGAGAAAUGAGCCUGCGCAACGGAAGAAACUUUAGAAAUGUUUGAAAUGCAAUUACGGAAUCUCUAAGGACUUGGUUGAGAUUCGCAUAUGUAGCUGUUUGAUCAUAUUUUUGUUUCUACUUUGGGCUUUCGAAAAAAGCUUCAGUAGAAUAGUUUUUUUUUUUCAUUUUUUCUUCUCUUUUAUUUAUUUUUUUUUUCGAAUCAGAGUGAGCUCGUGAGGUGCAUCAUGAUUUGUGAAUAAUCAAACUUGAAAAACCAGUUGAAAAAGUUCAUGAUUAUAAUCUUCUUCUUUAGAUUUUUAGUAUCCACCCGGCGUGGCAAAUAUUAAAACCUCAAAAGUCAACGUACUUUUUUUGCGGCUCCGUUCAUGUAUCGCUUUUAUAGAAACUCGGAAAAAUAUCCGACUGACGAGAAAAAUAACAGGGCGGAGCCAAAAAUCAAGCACUCCAUAGUCGGACCUGACUACAAUAAUUCAAUGUUUGGGAAACAUGUACUUUUAAACGUCCUCAAACAUUAUUUUGAUUGGUUUUGAAACAGCUUUCAAGCUGAAAAUGUCAAUUUUUUUUUCAGAUGUUCAUACAUUGAAAAGUCAUCUCUUCAUCUUUUUUUUAAUAGAAAGAUGUAUAUUUUAGCAUAGGGAAGGUUUCACUUUCGGGCCUUAAUUUUCCGCCAUCUAAUUAAGAUUCAGAGGCCACGGCCGUGUCGGGGAACCGACUUGGAAGGCAAUUAACCGAGAGCCGCCGAAAUCUGGGAAGCGACGUUUCGUUGGCACGUCUCCGCGGCCCUUAAUGUGACCAACAAGGCAUUCUUGUGUUAAAAUGAAUUGGCGGCGUGAAGAAAACCAGGGAACGGCCGCCGUUUUAUCAGUCGUGACCUUGCCGAAUUAGCCGCGGCAAAGUUUUACGAAACCGCUCUCGUCGUCGUUGCGCCAGGCAGUUUCGUUCAACCGUCGUUUCCACGUUCAGAACAAGUUCGUGUUUUUUUUUUGAGUUUUACUCCAAAUUUGCAAUCAUUCAAAGCGACGUUGGCUAUUUCCUUUCAAUCCACUUUUGUUAACUAUUGAAAAACUGUGGCUUGAUCGAAGACCCAAUUCCUAUUGGAAACGCGAGCAUAAAAAAUAGCCAAAACUGCAGUCGCAAACAAUUUCAGAGUCUUUGUUUGUAGAACUUAGUUUUUUUAUGAUAGUAAAGAAGAUUAGUGAUAGAAAUUGAAUUAUGGCUGACUAGUUAUUGACAGAAAUUCGAAAAGAGAAAAAAAUUUCUGAUAAACUGGAAAAAUAAAAAAACUUCAAGAUGAAUCACAUCUCCCUGCGUUAUAAAAAUAUUUCUAUGGUGACUAUGAAAGCUUAAGCAAAAUAAAAAAAAAAUUGAGAAAAAAUUGGAAAAAAAAGUUCUAAACUCACAUUAAAACAGUCAUAAAUUUUAAGGGUUGAAAGCUCAACAAUGAUUACAAAGUCAAGGUUUUUUUCAUUCACUCAUUUCAUUGGUCCGUUAGUAGUGUGUCCCCCCCACACACUACUUCCGUUUAUUGCUCAAAAAGUGGGCAUUUUUCCUAAUUUUAUUUAUUUUUUUCGAAUCAAAUAAGAUCGAAAGAUUGAAAAAGAUGAAUGAAAAAGAGCGUCUAUAUGAAAUUCUUAUUCAGAUCCAAAAAAGUUUGUUUCACUGAACCAUCCUUCAGACAACUUUCUUCCUCAAUAAAUCUUAAUGUUUUUUUUUUCAACUAAAAAUGUCGAAUUGAACAGAUGGCCUGGCUGCGGAACGUACUGUUCACCCUGGUCGUAGUGGGCUUUGUGGCUUGUGCUCUGCGUAAAAGGAAGCCUUGCAUCAACGGAACCCCCGAAGGCGACUCGUGCUUCUGCAACGACGGCUGGACAGGCAUCUUCUGCCACCGACGCAUGAACUGCUCCGGCUACGAGCGUCUCAACAACGGCAGGUAUGUCUUCUUUCGAUAGGAAAAUCGAUGUAAAAAUCGACGAAAAUUCCACAAACAAAGAAUAAACACUCAAUUCGCCUUUCAUUUUUCCCGACAGUUUACUCAGAAAGCAAAAAUACUUCCUUGAAUAAUCGUGUCAAGAAGUUUGAGAAAUGGCGAAUAUAUUUUGAAAAAACGCGAUGCUACGUUCUUCUGAUUCAGUUUUUUUCUAAAAUAGAAGAAAAAGGUCUUUUUUUUGUCUCUCGAGUUCCCCUUAUCGCUCAUGUUUCUCUUACGCUCUUUUUCAAACUUUGCUAUUUAACCUUGCGACCAGGUAUUUUGAAUAAAAUUCAAUUUCAUCAAUGAUCCUUUGUGCUCGUGAGAUAAUUGUGGGGAGUUUUUUAUAGCUUUUUGAAUUGCCUUUUUUACAAUUUUUUCAAACUUUAAACUUUAUUGACACAUAAAGUGACAGAAAUUUCGAAAUUCGAAAACAAAUCACAGCGUGAGAAAAACCUGCAGUUAAAAGUGUUCUCAAUUACAGUUGUGUGGAAUGUGCGCGCGGAUGGAAGGGUCCAGACUGCGACGAAAUCGAUUGCAUCGGCGGUAAACCCAAUUACGACAUAACCGAGUGCCGUUGUGAAGAGCCGUACAGUGGUCCGAGAGCCAAAACCCUGAUCCUACUCAAAAUCAACUAUUCAGGUAGAUACUGUGAGCUGCAGGACACCAAGGACAUUUACAAGUGGUACAACAACGCCUCUUCGAGCAUUGGCCCUAUUGGAGUCCUGACCAUCAUCCCUUUGGCGUUAAUAUACUUUUGUGAGAACCUCUCUGAAUCCAAAGUAUAAGAUUGUUCAGUCUGCGACAGAUGUGCCAAGAAGAGGCAACUCAGACGAGUAGAGGACCACUUGAACGGAACAAUGCCACGAGAAAAAGUCAUCAAUGCGGAUGUGCUCAAGGAGCUUCUUGAAGAGAAGCCGAUCGACGAGAAAGAGACUCAAGUCCUAAUCCCUUAG